AUGGCAGAUUCAAGUUCAAGUGUACCUCGAGGUGCUAGAAGAAACAAAAGACCAUGGACAACACAUGAAGAUGCAAAGCUAAUCGAUGCCCUCAUGGAUUUACAUACAUCGGGUAAGUAUUCAGGUGCAGAUAAUGGUUUCAAACCCGGAUAUCUCAAGGCAGUGGAACAAAUGUUGGAUGUAAGUCUCCCUACCUCGGGCUUGAAAGCGGAGCCCCAUAUCAAAUCAAGAAUGAAGACAUUGAAGGCGAACUUUAGCAUUGUGCACGAUAUGCUAGUCGGCACAAACACAAGUGGCUUUGGUUGGAAUUCUGAAACAUGUUGCAUUGAUGCAGAAGAACAAGUGUGGAAUGAGUACAUCAAGUCUCAUAAAGGUGCAGGUAGUUUUAGAGGCAAGCCAUUGCCAUUCUACGAAAAGCUUUGUACUAUCUUUGGUAAAGAUAGGGCUACUGGAUCUCAAGCCGUUGAUCUUGGAGAUGAAGAUAUUGUAGAAGAGAGGCCAUCCACACCAGUGACUUCCCCUAUUGAUGUUGAUACGGAGGCUCACGUGUCCAAUGGACCAACAAGUAGUGUUAGUAAUAAAAGAAAAAGAAGCAAGUGUUCUGAUGAUUUCAAUGAUACUUUUUGCGGAUGUUCCAUAGACUUGACAGAAAGUAUCGAAAAAUCCAUCAAUAGGUUGGGUGACAAAAUUGUUGAAAGUGCUAAUCAAGACUGUAACAAAACUGGUAGUAUAUUGGAUCAAGUUAUUUUGGAGAUACAAAAUUUGCCUAACAUCACUUGGAAUGAACGUGUGAAAGGUAUGCAUAUUAUCGGUCAAAAUCAAAGUAUGGCUAAGAUAUUUCUAUAG